AUGGCCAGAACAUCUCUGGGGUUUUACAUCAACUUAUAUACAGUGACGGCCAUCCAAAUCAAUGACGGGGAUGACGCAAAUGACGGCGGUUACGUCUCUGAUAGUGAACCGACCAUCUCGUCGUCACUCGUGUCCAGUGUGGGCGACUUCGUUUUUGAAUAUGGGCGUCGAUUCCAUAAGUUUCACGAGGGCGCUUAUCUGUUCCCUAACGACGAGCGGGAACAGGAGCGCGAAGAUAUGAAACAUUCCAUGAUCGUCAGCCUGUGCGGGGGGAAGUUGCAUUAUGCCCCUCUCGAAAGUCCGCAUAAGAUUCUCGACGUAGGAACCGGAACGGGCGUGUGGGCGAUUGAUAUGGGUGAUCGAUAUCCUGGUGCCAAUGUCCUCGGCAUCGAUCUGAGCCCCAUACAGCCUAUCUGGGUUCCCCCAAAUGUGAGAUUCAUGGUUGACGAUGUGGAGUGCCCGUGGCUCCAUCCAGAUGAUCACUUCGACUUCGUCCAUAUUCGGCAUCUUGCCGCGGGAAUCAAGGAUUUUCCGAGGCUUGUUAAAUCUGCUUUUCGUAAAUUGAAACCGGGCGGAUGGAUUGAAAUCCAAGAACUUUACUAUCAAGCCCAAUGUGACGACGGGUCCGUACCAGAUGACUAUGCGUUUGCCGAAUGGCUUCGUCUCAUGAAACAAGGGCUCUCCACGUUCAACGUUGAUCUCCUCUCCCCCAAAAAAUACGCUCGCUACAUCCGCGACGCUGGGUUUACGAAUGUGAAUGAACAAGAAUUCAAAGUGCCCAUCGGCACGUGGCCGAGAAGCAAAGCACUAAAGAGAAUCGGUUUGUAUAACCGCUGUCUGAUCAGUGACGGGUUGCAAGGAGAAAGCAUGAAGCCUUUCACAAAAGCAUUGGGCUGGACAUUUGAAGAAAUGGAGGUCUUUAACGUCGAAGUAAGGAAAUCGGUGGAGGAUUCCUCGGUACACUCGUAUCUUCCGUUCUUCGUGCUGUUUGCGAGAAAACCUCCCAGAGCGACAGAUUCUGCCAGUUGA